AUACCACACAUACGCAGAUGACAGUACUGGAGCUUAAUAUUGAGCAUGGGAAAACAGUCACGACCCAAAUGUUAGAUUUUUGUGUUCAUUAAAUGAUGACAUCAGGUAUCAGGCUGGAUUGUCUACGAAGCCAGGAAAGAUUAUGACUAAAGGAGUCCAUUUGUCAUUUUUGCUCUGAUCUAAGAUCUAAGAGCUUUGUCAAAGAAGUGAAGGCAACACAAGUAAGAGAAGCUCAACUCAAAGGAAGUCUGCAGGGAUGCACAACUAUAUAAUUCACUGCAUUGAGAGGGUGAUGAUAAGUCUACAGUCCAUGAAAGAAUUUUUCAUUUUAAUUAUUGGGACUGUCUUCUAUUUUUUUGAAGCCUUUGCACGAUUGUUUAUCCAACCCCCCAGGAAGGAUGUGGAAGGGGAGAUUGUCCUGGUAACGGGUGCAGCCCAGGGCAUCGGGAAGCUCAUAGCAGAGCAGCUUGGCCAACUUGGAGCCACCCUGAUCCUUUGGGAUACAAACUGGGAAGCUCUUCAGAUAACCACUAAAGAGCUGCAGGACAGUUUGGAUGUCAGAGUUUACGCAUACGUCUGUGACUGCAGUCGACGCACAGAGGUCUACAAGGUUGCUGAACAAGUGAAACGCGACGUUGGCGAUGUAUCCAUCUUAGUGAACAACGCGGGAGUUGUCACAGGAAAGUAUAAUUUUACUGAUGCCCCUGACAAUCUUGUGGAAAGAACACUUAAAGUUAAUGUGGAAGCUCAUUUCUGGACAUACAAGGCAUUUUUACCAGGCAUGGUUUCUCGGAACCAUGGCCACCUCGUGUGUAUAGCUUGCCAUGGGGGGCUCUUUGCGAUGAAUGGUUUAGGAGAUUAUUGUGCAAGCAGGUUUGCUGCUGUAGGUUUUGCAGAAUCAAUUGCUUUGGAGCUCCUGGUUUUGAGGAAAGAAGGCAUUAAAACAACUAUUGUAUGCCCUUACCUGAUCAAUACGACCAUGUUUGCAGGCUGCCAGACAAAGUGGCCUUCAUUCCUGCCAAUUAUGGAUAAGCACAAAGCUGCUGAGGAGAUCGUUGAUGCAAUCCUCAGAGAGAAAAUGUAUUUACUGCUACCUUUCAGUUUGUACUUUCUGAUGGCCCUGAAAAGUUUUAUGCCAGCCAAACUUGGGAUCAUAUUUAUUAAUUUCUUUGGGGGUUUGGACUUAAUGGAUAAAUUCAGAGGCAUCCCUGUAUCACCACCAGAAAGCUACAAAGAACCUGCAACACAAACACAGUUUCCAAAGCAGAACAGCACCCUUGAGGAAACAUGGACAACAGAGUAUAACUAGACAACAAAAACCUGUCAAGGGAAUAUGAGCAUUUAUAUUUUAACUGAAUUGUUUUUUUAGAUAGUGCUUCAUAAAGAAUAUAGUAGCGAAAUAAAGAGUAAUCAAGACACUGUCAUGCAUAACUGAGGAGAAUUGAAAAUGGUUGAUUAAUACAUUUUAUUUCUUCAAAUUAUGAAAUUUGGGCACUGUUAUGUUAUUGUGGAAUUAAACAAAAUAGCUGUCAUAUGUAAAAACCGACAUCAAAUGAAGUUUAAUAGAAAUAAUUUUUGGGGUUGUAAUAAAUCAGGAUUUUGUGUGGUCAAUUUGUAUGGUCAUUCAGUUUGCCCUUAGCUCACAUGCAAUGUCUAUAGCAGGAUAUAUACUACAGGUGUACACUGCCUAAAGCAAAAGGAAUCUAAAGAAUAUGGUGUUAAAGGAUGAAUUUCCCCAAAUGUGAACAGAAAGAAUGGAUAAAUGUAAAUAGCUAUUUUAUAUCUUAUACCUUCUGUUUGUUUACAUUUUGUUUCUUCUAUUUUAUAUCUUCUGUUUGAAGCAUGCACAACUCAGCUCAUGGCUUCAGUUUCAGCAAAAAACACAGCAAUGAUCAUUUCCUUCCCAGCUGUCCAUCCUACGACAUCCUGACUGUUGUCACUACUUAGUACUGCCUCUUUGCUCCCUCAUUCAGUUACAUUCAGUUAACAAUAGUAAGAGUAAUCCAGUGCUAAGAAAACACAUUUAUAACAUUUUUAAAGAUUUCUAUAAAAUCUUAAGACCAAUUUCUGCACAUGUCAAAUGGAUUAUACUGGGUCCUUCCAUAGGUAAUGAUCUUCUAAAACAUGACACCAAGCUUACAAAGGCAGGAUUCAUUCCCACUGCUAAGGUUUUGUUGUUUGUUUUUGCAGAAAAGCUCUUGAAGCCAUAGUUUUUGCUUAUUCAUUUUGCAGGUAUGGCAUUAUUAUGAAAGUUUUGAAGAGCGUGUUUUCCGGAAUCAGUAAGAAAUGUCUAAGAAUAAUCUACAGUUAAAAAUGUUUUUACAAUUUCAGCGUUCACAUAGUUAAAAAGCAAUGUGCUGGACUGAUGACAAUCCAAGGAUUUUGCUGUGAGGAGACUGUGUCAGUGUGCAGAGUGCUGAAAAAUAAAAAAGAAGAAACAA